AUGGGUUCUUGUUGUUGUUGUGGAAGGAAUAACAGAGUGGGACCAGACAAUGGAAUUGAAAUGCCCAUUAGACAAGCAGCAAAUGCUCAAGAGCAACCUUGUUCAAGUAGUGAUGCCAAUGACGCCCAACACAGACAAAGCCGCAACCCCACAACAACCACCAACCCAACACCAGGACAUACCAGUUCUACUUCAAGAGGCCAUACCAACCAUGCAAUGGUAGAUGACUCCAACUUCACACCUAUAACUGCCAUCAAUUCCUUUCCAGCAAACGCCCCUGUCACACCACCCCACUACCAACUUGAUGCAGGAACAUUUCCCAUUAACCAAAUAGAAGCUGGUUCUAUUGGUCCUGGAGGGACAAGCAGUCCAGUGCCAGAACAUUCAGCAAGAGAACACACGCCAAUACAAGAAACGACGGCGGAUCCGGUGGAUGGUGAAGUACCUGCAAUGCUUCAAUAA